ACUCUUGGCGCCUUCGCGGGAGGUGCGUCCGAGCCAUGGCCGCUGCCAACCCGUGGGACCCGGCGUCCGCGCCUAACGGCGCUGGGCUAGUGCUAGGCCACUUCAUAGCUUCGGGGAUGGUCAAUCAGGAGAUGUUAAACAUGUCUAAGAAAACAGUUUCUUGUUUUGUGAACUUCACCAGACUACAGCAGAUCACAAAUAUUCAAGCUGAAAUCUACCAGAAAAACCUGGAAAUUGAACUCCUGAAACUAGAAAAAGAUACAGCAGAUGUUGUUCAUCCUUUCUUUUUGGAGAUGAGGUCUUGCUAUGUUGCCCAGGCUGGUCUCGAACUCAUGGCCUCAAUUCUCCCGGUUCAGUCUCCCAAAACACUGCGAUUACAGCUCAGAAGUGUCAUACUCUGCAAAGCAUGAAUAAUCAUUUGGAAGCAGUGCUGAAAGAGAAGAGAUCCCUUAGGCAAAGACUGUUGAAACCCAUGUGCCAGGAAAACUUACCUAUUGAAGCUGUUUAUCACAGAUAUAUGGUACAUUUGCUGGAGUUGGCUGUGACUUUCAUUGAGAGAUUAGAAACCCACCUUGAAACAAUUAGAAAUAUUCCUCAUUUAGCUGCAAAUCUAAAGAAAAUGAACCAGGCUUUAGCAAAGAUGGAUAUAUUGGUGACUGAGACAGAAGAACUGGCAGAGAAUAUACUCAAGUGGCGUAAACAACAAAACGAAGUUUCGUCUUGUAUCCCCAAAAUAUUAGCUGAAGAAAGUUAUCUUUAUAAACAUGAUAUUAUAAUGCCUCCUUUACCUUUUACUUCUAAAGUUCAUGUCCAAACUAUUAAUGCCAAGUAGUCAUCAACUUUAUUUUUGCUUAAUUAUGUGUAGUCAUAUGAAGUCUAUUUCUAGUUGACUGUAACAUGGGUAUUAACAGUCUUUGCUGCUGGUAAUACUGAAAGAACCUGCUUUAUAUUGGAGUAUCAAGAUCUCAGGUUCAUUAAGACCAAACUGACUUUUCCUUUGUUUUUCAUAUAUUUUUAUUCUACCUUUCAGUAAAACUAGAGAAGCUAAAAAAUGGCCAUGACAAUUUAUUAAUAUAAGUGAAUUAACCAUUUCUCAGGUGGGAAAUUCUCUUUUUAAAAAAAUGUGUGUUUAUGGUCUGGUGUGGUGGCUCACACCUGUAAUCCUAACACUUGGGGAGGCUGAGGCGGACAGAUCACUUAAACCCAGGAGUUCAAGACCAGCCUGGGUAACAUGGUGAAAUCCCAUAUCUACAAAAUAAACAAAAAAUUAGCCGACCAUGGUGGUGCAUGCCUGUAGUCCCAGCUAUUCGGGAGGCUGAGGUAAGAGGAUCACCUAAGCCUGUGAGGUCAUGGUUGCAAUGAGUCAUGAUCACGCCACUGCGCUACAGCCUGGGCGACACAGUAAGACCCUGUCUCAAAAAAAAGAAGUGUGUUUCUGGCCAGGCACGGUGGCUCACGCCUGUAAUCCCAGCACUUUGGGAGGCCUAGGUGGACAGAUCAUGAGGUCAGGAGUUCGAGACCAGCCUGGCCAACAUGGCGAAACACCUGUCUCUACUAAAAAUACAAAAAUUAGGCCGGGCGCAGUGGCUCACACCUGUAAUUCCAACACUUUGGGAGGCCAACCCAGAUGGGUGGAUCACCUGAGGUCAGGAGUUUGAGACCAGCCUGGACAACAUGGUGAAACCCCAUCUCUGGUAGAAAUAUAAAAAAUUAACCAGGCAUGGUGGUGGACGCCUGUAAUCCCAGCUACUUGGGAGGCUGAGGCAGAAUAAUCGCUUGAACCCAGGAGGCAGAGGUUGCAGUGAGCCAAGAUCGUGCCACUGCACUCCAACCUGGGUGACGGAGCAAGACUCCAUCUCCAAAAAAAUAAAAAAUAUAGAAAUUAGCCAGGCAUGGUAGCAUGUGCCUGUAAUCCCAGCUACUCAGGAGGUUGAGGCAGGAGAAUCGCUUGAACCCAGGAGGCAGAGGUUGCAGUGAGCCCAGAUCGUGCCACCGCACUCUAGCCUGGGCAACAGAGCAAGAUUCUGUCUUCAAAAAAAAAAAAAAAAGGUGUUUCUGAAUUAGAAGGGUCUUCUUGAAUCUGAAAAUGUCUAUGAUGAUUAUUCCUGUGGGAAUAUCACUAAGUAUGCAGAAAAGAGUAACACAGCCAGCCUGACUUAUCCUUUGAAAGGCCUGAUUAUAAGGUUUGUCCUCAGCUGUUGCAUCUGGGAACUUAGAUAUCAGAAGGUAUCUUAGUCUAUUCUGCUGUCAUAACAGAAUUACACAAACUAAGUAUUUUAUAAUGAACAGAAGUUUAUUUGGUUGACAGGUGUGGAGGCUAGGCAGUCCAAGAACAUGGCGCCAGCAUCUAGUGAGGGUCUUGCCAUGGCAGAAGGCACCACAUGGCAAGUGAGCAUGAGAAAGAUAUAUGGGUCUAAACUUAGCCUUUUAUCAUGAGCCCACUCUCGAGAUAGCAGCACUAAUUCAUUAAUGAGGGCAAAGCCCUCCUUACCUAAUUACUUUUUAAAGGUCUCAUAACACUUUUACAAUGUCAAUUAAAUUUCCAACACUUGAACUUUGGGGGACAUAUUUAAACCUUAACAGGAGGGCUCCACUCACUGAAAAGAGUCGUUCAUGGUAGCUAACCUGUGGUUUGUGCUGAAAACCUGCUUUCUUCCUGGGAGUCUAGAAUUUUGGUACAUGGUAGGUAGAAGGUACCUACGUGACCAGCCCCCAGUAAAAACCCUGGGCACUGUAUCUCUAACAAGCUUCCCUGGUAAACAACAUUUCUCACAUGUUGUCACAAUUCAGUUGCUGGUGGAAUGAAACAACACAUAUGUGUGACUCCACUGUUAGAGGACUCUGGAAGCUUAUACCUGGUUUUCCCCAGACUUUGCCUCUGUACCUUUUCUCUUUGCUGUUUUGCUUCAUAUGCUUUUGCUGUAAUAAAUCAUAGCUGUGUGAUGA